AUGAAUUUCCUCAUGCUGGCCUUCACUGUCUGUGGGUCUCUAACUCCGGUAAUCAAAGCUGGCUGGGAAAUCCAAAGAUGCUGGAAGGAUGAUAUAGGACACUGCAGAAAACGAUGUUUCCGAGAUGAAAGAUACAAACUUCUUUGUAACAACAAGCAAACAUGCUGCAUUCCCAAGGCAGCAUAUGUGUUCACUCCAAAGCCACCACAACCACAAGGUUGA